GGAGUGGCCAGUGAACGGCCUGGAACCCGUCAUAUCAGCGCUUGCUUCAUUUAUUUAGAGUUCCGGGCCGGCAAAGAGGGGGAACGUGGGUAAGCGUGGGAUGCAACACAACAUGGCGACAACGGAGAAGAUUACAUAACACGUGUGAGCUGGGAUCAGUUACUGCUGCUCGGGCAAGAAUACAGAUAUUCUGCCGCGAGCAAUGCCGAAGGGAUGGGGGUAAGGGGGUAUGGAAGUGAAUGGGGGCAAACCCGCCUGUGAGGCCUCUCGCUCCAUAUCAUUCAUCUUUCAGAGUUCCUGAACUCUUGCUGGUUCAAAGUCCGGAGUCUGUCGAGGAGCGUACCUGAAUCGGCUCAGAGACCAUUAUGAGUCCCCGAAUCUUGUCAAAACACGGUCAAGUCAUCCGCAAAUGUACUGUUCCAGGAACAGUAUCAUUCACAUUCGAUGACGACUCGUGGAUCGAAAAGGAUGAAAUCCUGACACUGUUCGCCCAGCGAAAUGCACAAGCUUCCUUCUUCCUACACAGCACUCCAUGGACCGCAGAUUCAAUGAAAGACAACGACAGAAAAUCUGUAGUACAGACUUUACAUGAAAACGGGCAUCUGAUUGGAUUUAGCACAUCGAGUCGUCAUCCCCACAGCGGCGUGGAGCAUGAUGACCUCCUCAAAGCCCGCCAGAAGAUUUCCACGAUUCUCGGAGCCUCGUCCUCCUCUGAAGGCCUUCGACCACAGUACAUUUGGUCGUCCCCGGUCGAUUGCACAGUACAGAAUGGCUGCGUUGAAAAGUUGACGAUAAAUGGUCAGCGACUGGUACUCUGGGACGGUGGACCGGCAGACAUGAGCAACAACACGGAGACUACGCUUCUCCUCGACAGACUACAAGCGGCAGACCCCGGGCGAGAUUCUUUUCUCAUCCCGAUACGAGGGUCCCAAAAAGAGAGUAAUCACAGUAUCGGCGAUCUACUAGAUGGGUUCCUACAAAAGGGCUUCCAACCGGUUACUGUAGGAGACUGUAUAAAUGACCCAAAACACUUCUGGUAUCUAGAUCACUUGGGACGUCCGGCGACUAGCUUGGCGUUUGGGCGCCAUGGCGUAGUAUCGCCUGGCACGUUUCUCAGUCAAGUUCGAUGGGGCGGGAUACUGGCUGUAAUUUUCUUGGAGUUGAUGGCCCUGUCUUGUCUGUUCUGGGCUAUUUGUCGGUUUAGAAAGAUCAAGUCACACCAACGUGUAGUUCAAUGAUGACGCAUUA